GUCGUUGGUCGCGUACUCGCUGAGCGUGCACGGCCGUCGUAGUACACCGCAGUUUGUGCGCAAACUGCGCCAGCGCACACGAGCCCAGAUUGUUCGCGUCCCGUACAGUCGCGCCGCCGAACCAAUGCGCGGUACCCCAGUGCCUUCAUAGCGACUUACUCGUACUACUGCCAGCGAACAUUGUGUGACAACAUGGGGUGCAGUGCAAGAUACUGUUUACUGGCUCUGUCCUUGUGCCUAGUGUCUGAACAUGCCUUUGGUGUCAGAAUUAUGCCCAAACGGAAGAAAGAAGCAGGAACGAUAGAUGAUCAAUCAACGUCAGCGUCGUGGUGGCAGGCCGGCACCGCGACCCCUUUCCACGACAGUGGCAGCGAGUUCUCCUCAACACAUGGAUUAGUGCAGACCCAUCCCUCAUCUAUCAGCGAUGGAUACUCUUUUGGAUCUUCUGGAGCUUCUGCCAACCCAUUCGUGUCAACGAGCGGCAGCGGUCCGCUCAGUGGUAGUUUCCGAAGUAACCCAUUGCCACCGCUGACCAAGAGUUCGAAUGGUAAAACAAGCCUAAAACAUCUGGACUUCACGAGUAGUGCUACAGCUGAACUGAGAAGGAAUCCAGCUCUAUCCGCCCCUGACGAGUGCGCGAGAGCCUGCAGAGAGGGAGAACCGCCAAGGAUCUGCUACUACCAUUUCACACUGGAGAUGUACACAGUUUUGGGAGCGGCUUGUCAAGUAUGCACACCGAAUGCGACAAACGUAGUCUGGUCUCACUGUCAAUGUGUGCUCGCUGACGGAGUGGAGCGCGGUAUACUGACCGCCAACAGAAUGUUACCCGGACCAUCAAUACAAGUGUGUGAAAAUGAUAAGGUUGUCAUCGAUGUAGAGAACCACAUGGAAGGUAUGGAAGUGACCAUCCACUGGCACGGCAUCUGGCAAAGAGGAUCGCAAUAUUACGACGGUGUACCAUUUGUAACACAGUGUCCUAUUCAACAAGGAAAUACAUUCAGAUAUCAAUGGCAAGGGAACGCGGGUACUCACUUCUGGCAUGCACACACCGGUCUCCAGAAAUUGGACGGUUUAUACGGAAGCAUCGUUGUACGCCAACCACCGUCCAAGGAUCCGAACAGUCACCUUUACGAUUAUGACUUGACCACGCAUGUAAUGCUAAUCAGUGACUGGCUCCAUGAGGACGCCGCUGAGAGAUAUCCAGGUCGCCUCGCUGUAAACACCGGCCAGGAUCCCGAAUCGGUACUUAUCAACGGGAAAGGACAGUUCAGAGAUCCCAAUACCGGUUUCAUGACGAAUACGCCUUUGGAAGUGUUUACAAUAACUCCAGGCAGGAGAUACAGAUUUAGGAUGAUCAACGCUUUUGCUUCAGUAUGUCCUGCGCAGCUCACUAUCGAAGGCCACAACCUGACAGUCAUUGCGACAGAUGGGGAGCCGGUGCAACCGGUUCAAGUCAACACCAUUAUUUCAUUCUCUGGUGAAAGAUACGACUUCGUCAUCGAAGCGAGCAAUAGGCCUGCAGCUUACUGGAUACAAGUCCGUGGUCUCGGAGAGUGCGGUAUAAAAAGGGCGCAACAGUUGGGAAUACUCCGAUACGCUAGAGGUCCAUAUCAACCAUCGACACCAGCCCCUACAUACGAUGUAGGAAUUCCACAAGGAGUGGUUAUGAACCCACUGGAUGCCAGAUGUAAUAUACCCAGAACUGACGCGAUUUGCGUCAGUCAGUUGAAGAACGCCCAGCACAUCGACCCAGCGAUCCUCCAAGAAAGGCCUGAUGUUAAAAUUUUCUUACCAUUCCGAUUCUUCGUUUAUAGACCAGAAAUGUUAUUCCAGCCUAAUACUUACAAUCGAUACUUAGUGGCACCGCAAGGAGAUCAUGUUAUUAGUUUAAUAGACGAAAUAUCGUACAUGGCACCACCGGCACCGCUCAUUAGUCAAUAUGACGACAUAAAUCCAGAACAAUUCUGCAAUGGUGACAACCGACCUGCUAAUUGCGGACAAAAUUGCAUGUGCACACACAAGGUUGACAUUCCACUUAACGCAGUGGUGGAAAUGGUUCUUGUAGAUGAAGUUCAAAUUGUCAACCUUUCCCAUCCGUUCCACUUGCACGGUUAUUCCUAUAACGUAAUUGGUAUCGGAAGGUCGCCCGACCAGAAUGUCAAGAAGAUCAACUUGAAGCACGCUCUCGACCUCGAUAGAAGAGGAUUGCUCGAACGUCAUCUGAAACAAGGAGAUUUACCACCUUCGAAGGAUACAAUCGCCGUUCCCAACAACGGUUACGUCGUUUUGAGAUUUAGGGCCACAAACCCCGGCUUCUGGCUUCUCCACUGCCACUUCCUUUUCCACAUCGUCAUCGGAAUGAAUGUCGUUCUUCAAGUGGGCACGCAAGCCGAUCUGCCUCCCGUACCGCCCAACUUCCCCACUUGUGGAGAUCAUCUUCCACCCAUCAAUUAAAUCGGUUCCUAGCAAAAUGUUCAGUUUUCAUACAUCAAAGAAUUGGUUCAGCAGUUGAAUUGCUCUCGUGUUAACUAAGUGUAAUUUUAUGUUUGUUUUGUGUGAUGUGUCAGGCGGACUCGAAGUGCUCGACUCUGCUAUUUGUGUUUUUUUUUAUUCGAAUGUCUCAACAGGAGUUCAGGAUGCAUUGUGAAUUUAUUUAAAUGGUGAUGUCUUUUUGAGUGGAUAGAGUUUUUUGUAUUAUGCCAUAUUUGGUGAUACUUUUUAUAAUUGAGUGUCGCCUAAUAUAUUAGUUUGAGGCUCACAAACGUACAACGUUUUCUUCGCCUACGGGUGCCUUUUAUCUAUUUUAUGAACGUUUUUGUUCUUUACUAACGACUUGCCAUUAUAUUUUCACCAAGGAUAUUUAUUACGUGUAUAUGUGUGAAAUCUAUAUAGACGUAUUUAGAACUUUAAGACAUCCUACCAUUGCUCUACUAACAUCGCUCUCUCUACACAAAAAUUCUAGGAAAUGUAAAUAUGAAAAACCGCAAUCCUUGUAAAUACAAAUACAUAUGUAGAUGGCUUCGAAACAAUCAUUCCGCUAAACUGUCAAAGUCAAAGACUGUCCUAAUGUUUAUGUAGAAAAUAGAUUCAAAAUCUUGUUACCAUACCCAGUUACCAUAACCAUAAGAGGUCCCAUGUGUAUUGUACACACUCAAUACAUUUGAUUCCCGGAGGUGUAGAUGUGGUAGAUUUAUUAUUUUAAGAAAUCAUUGUAUACCUAAAGAGGCAAAUCUUAAUUACAAAUUAAUUAAUAGUAUUUCUUCAAUUGCUGUAAAUGUGAGCAAUUUGUAUUUAUCACUAAUAUUUUAAGAAAUUUGUAAAUUUUAAAACCA